CUGUCAAAAAUCUCAUCGACAAAAAUUUUCUCCUUCGACUUCGGAGACACCAAACAAGAACAACAGUGAACGAGAAUCCCUUUACCAUUGCCAAGCUGAUAGUCGGGAACCAGUUCUAGCAAUGGCAUCGCUUAUCUUGGUGAACGGCGUACAGCUGGCCAAGCAGCAAACCGGAGUGCUGGGUGUAGUUUGUUUUAAGGCCAACUACAGCACGGAGGGACCGCGCAAGCUACCGACUACCAAUUUGGCCGCGCUUAAGCGUGGCACUGGCGGCCGUUCGAGUUUCAACGGUAUUGUUGCAACCGUCUUCGGAAGUACCGGAUUCAUCGGUCGCUACGUGUGCAACAAGCUUGGCAAGACUGGUUCCCAGCUGAUUCUGCCAUAUCGUGGGGAUCACUAUGAUGCGCUGCGUUUGAAGCUGGUCGGCGAUUUGGGACAAGUGCUGUUCCAUCCUUAUCAUCUUUGUGAUGAGAAGUCAAUUUACGAUGCGGUUAAAUACUCGAACGUUGUUAUCAAUCUGGUGGGAAGAGACUGGGAGACGAAGAAUUUCAAAUUUCAAGAUGUCCAUGUGGAUGGUGCCCGUCGAUUGGCUCGCAUUGCGAAGCAAGCAGGAGUGGAAAAGUUUAUUCAUGUUUCCAGUUUGAAUGCAUCGCCAAAUCCAACCCCGAUACUAACCAAGGAGGGCAGUCAGUUUCUCAAGAGUAAAUAUUAUGGCGAACUUGCGGUUCGAGAAGAAUUUCCCGAGGCGGUCAUCUUUCGCCCUUCGGAUAUCUACGGCCAGGAAGAUCGUUUCCUGCGUUACUAUGCUCACAUCUGGCGCAGACAGUUCCGCGGUAUGCCAUUGUGGUAUAAGGGCGAGCGCACCGACAAACAGCCUGUGUACUGUUCGGACGUUGCCCAGGGUAUUGUGAAUGCUAUCAAGGAUCCGGACAGCCAGGGCCAAACCUAUCAGGCUGUUGGUCCACGCCGGUACAAGCUGUCGGAGCUGGUCGAUUGGUUCCACCGGGUGAUGCGCAAGGAUGAAAGCUGGUGGGGUUAUUGGCGUUAUGAUCUGCGGUACGAUCCAACUUUCAUGAUGAAGGUGAAGUUUACGGAAUUCGUUUGCACCUCGUUCCCGGUGGGAGAGUUGCACACCGAACGCGUCGAGCGCGAGUAUGUAACCGAUGAUGUCAAGAAGGGUGUCCCGACGUUGGAGGACUUGGGCGUGAAUUUGACACUGAUGGAGGAUCAGGUUCCAUGGGAGCUGAGGCCUUUCCGGGCUGCCCUUUACUACGAUGCCGAUCUGGAUGAGUUCGAAAAACCAGCGCCACCACAGUUUAUUCAUUGAAUGAAGACCAGAUGGGAGCAAGUAUGAUUUUUGAUUCGUUGAAGAGAAUGUAAAAUAACGCAAUUAAUAAAUUAAAAUACAACAUUG